AUGGGCCCCCGUACCGCCUCCUCAUGCUGCUGCCAGGCCCGUAAUCUGCCAUGGGCCCCCGUACCGCCUCCUCAUGCUGCUGCCAGGCCCGUAAUCUGCCAUGGGCCCCCGUACCGACUCCUCAUGCUGCUGCCAGGCCCGUAAUCUGUCAUGGGCCCCUGUACCGCCUCCUCAUGCUGCUGCCAGGUCCAGAGUGUCUCAUGGGUCCCUGUACGGCCUCCCAUUGCUGCUGUCUCCAUCGCCACACUCUGCCAUGUGCCACUUUCAGGUCUCCUCACACUGCUGGUGGGUUCCAUUUUGUCAUAGGGUGCUGGCAGAUUACGGGCCUCCCAUUGCUGCUGCCAGGCCCGUAAUCUGCCAUGGGCCCCCGUACCGACUCCUCAUGCUGCUGCCA